AUGAUCUUAGUAAUAACAAUUGUUUGUAUUAUAUCAACAAUUAUAUCUUCAUCUGAAGUAACAACUUCUAAAAGUCUUCCACAAGCAAUUAUAAUUGGUGUGAAAAAGUGUGGCACACGAGCGUUAUUAAAAUUUCUUUCUAUACAUCCAGCUACAGCUGUUUCAUCAACUGAAAUUCAUUAUUUUGAUUCACCACAAAAUUUUCAAUUUGGCCUCGAUUGGUAUCGAAAUCAAAUGCCAAUAGCGAAAAAUAAUCAAUAUUUAACUAUAGAAAAAACUCCACAUUAUUUUAUCGAUAGACAAACUCCAGCGCGUAUAGCUCACUUAUUACCUGAAGUAAAAUUGAUCGUAAUUUUACGAGAUCCCAUUAUACGCGCCAUCAGUGAUUAUGUACAAAUUAAAAAUCGACAUGAAUCUUAUCCAACAUUUGAUGAAUUUAUUUCCAUGAACAAUUUUACACGUUGGACACCCAUUAAAAUUGGUUGUUAUUCUCUAUAUCUACGUCGUUGGCUCAAAUAUUUUCCAUUGGAACGAAUACAUUUUGUCGACGGAGAAAAUCUAAUACAACGUCCAUGGCAAGAACUUGAAUCCGUACAAAAAUUUUUAAAUAUAUCAAAUCACAUUCAACAAGAACAUUUCUAUUUUAAUUCCCAUAAACGAAAUUUUCCUUGUAUAAAACAGCCCAACGGAUGUCUAGGCUCAUCGAAAGGUCGACAUCAUCCAUCAAUAUCCGAGCAUACACGAGAAAAAUUAAAAACCUUAUAUUCAACAUGUAAUCAACAGCUAAAAGAGCUUGCUCAAAUCAAUUUUUCUUGGCUCUAA